AUGGUUACUACAGACGAUGUCAAGCGGCAAGCCAGUGAAUGGCAAAGUCGUCGCGAUCAGUUACAGCACGAACAUGAGAUUGUAGUUAGAGGCCUGCACCGCCUCAUGAACUUCAAGAUCGAGUUCCAGCAGGAAAAGCACCGCAUCAACCACUAUGUGACGGGCCACGGCACCAAUGAGUGGGACAGCUCGAGUGACCCGCUGGUGGUCGAGUUCACCGCCCACGAGGGACGCGUCGAGAAGGUGUUUCAGCUGGUGUACUCGGAUCUCAAAGACUUCUUAGCAACCGUGUAUGAAAAGGAGCCCUCAGAGACUUCUUCGGCCGAAACGGUUACUGAAGAGCACACGGUUUCGGACAACGAACUCGAGAUAGAGCCGAUGAUCCAGGGCGACGAUAUUGGCACCAACGCCAGCCAGCUGGUUGCCGAGCGCCUGAAACUGCAGAGCUUGCUCAAUGACGACUACGCCAAGUUGGAGGUGGUCAUGAAACGCCUCGACAGUCAUCGCCAGGCCCUGGAGCGAAACAAGGCGGAGUUCAGCAGCCUGAACAACCAAUUCUGCCAGCGGGAGGCGGAAUUGGGGGCCAAAAUUGACCAUACUAUUUCAAUGAGGCCUACUUCUAACUUAACUAAAGUGGAUUCCGAUACCACUCUUGGGGGACUCCCAAGCGCAAGUGGUACCGCCGCUGAUCAAUAUAGUCGGACGACGUCGCGUGAUGGAUCAACUGGUAAGGUAAGCGUUGUUUGGCUGCUAGGUUUAGAGGCAUUAGAAAUUACAGAAUUUAAUGUUUAA